CAUUCCCAAUCCCCAUUCUUCCCCUUCCCCUCUCCAUAUCAUCCCAUCAUCUUAUGCCCACUUCCUCCUUCUCUCUCUCUCUCUCUCUCUCUCUCUUCCCCUCCGGAGUUGCAGAGAUUCUCUCGCCGAUAUCGCAGAACUGUACCAACUGAAUAUCCCGCGGACCCAGGAGAAGAAGAAGGAUAAGGAGGAGGAGGAGGAGAGAGAGCUGGGCGGACGCUUCGCAGUACAAACUGCCAUUGUCCAUUGAUCUCUGCUGCAAAACAGAGCAUAUGUACGGACUGAAGACCCCUCCUUGCUAGAGCCUGUACUGCUCUCGACGUUGCUCCAUUACAGCAGUGGAAGAGAUUGAUCAGCUUUGUUUGGAAGAAAACGGGGAGAAAGGUCGGAGCUUUCGAUGAUGAGUUCUGUGUCAGUCGUGGAGGCUACUGAGUUUUAGAAGGGGAAGGAAAAACAGAGCAAUUGCGAUUGAGCUAUAGCAGUGAUGCUGAGGAACAGGUCUCGGGCAGUGAUCGGGAAGCAAUCUUUAGUCGCCGAUCAUCACCGCUCAUCGCAGUCCUCGCCGACCCGGAAUCACCGCCGGAGUAGAGUGUCCUCGUUCUUCGGUUCGGCAUUCGGAGGUUUAUCCUCGCCGUCGGGGUUUUGCUCCGACCCGACUAAGCCGAUGAUGAACCCGGCUCUGAUCCUCAACGUGAACCCCUUCUCCGCUCUCAGAGCCGGCCUGCCCGAUCAGUUCCCGGGAGGCAAGAAGCGCUCCUGGGAAGAUAUCGAGUCCCGGGGAAUCGGCCUCGCCAUCGUGGACAAGUUCGAGAAAAUGCCGGACCGGAAGCACCCGACAUCCAACAGCAAUCUGGUGCUGUUCGGAUCAGCGAUGAGAGUCCGAAUCCCCCCUUCUCCCGCUCCGGCACUUGAACACCCAGAAUCCCCCACCGAUUUCGGGAUCAAGACCCGGAAUUCCCAUCUCUCAUCCCCGAAUUCUCGCACGCGAAGCUCGAAUUCCCCUCGGAUUUUGACGGAGUGCCUCUCGAUGAGCGAGAUGGAGCUUUCCGAGGACUACACUUGCGUGACGUACCACGGGCCGAACGCCCGAACAACUCACAUAUUCGAUAACUGCAUCGUCGAGAACUACUACAGUAGCGUGUUGCCCGACGAGCCGAAACCAGUGCAGCCGAGUUUUCUGAGCUUCUGUUACACAUGCAAGAAGAGUCUCGAACAGACUAAAGACAUUUACAUUUACAGGGGCGAGAAAUCCUUCUGCAGUCGGGAAUGCCGCCACCGGGAGAUCGUGCUAGACGGUGGAGAGGAUGUAGAAGCAGCAGCUUGAUUCGAUUAGUUCAAGAACUCGCUCAUGAUCACCCCCCCCCCCCCCAUCAAGAAAGCCUCAACCGAGGAUUUUGUCGAUCAUUUUAGCAUGACCCAGCUGGGGAUUGCCCCCAUUGCUGGGGACCAGACGGGUUGAAGGUCCAUAAUUUUUCUUGAUUUCUGAUUGGAUUUUGAAUUUUCUCCACCUUGCAGAUAGAUAAUGGAUAGAUAGAUAGAUCAGAGGGAGAGGGGUUAGAUGUUUUCCGUGAUGAGUUCUUUUUGGGAAUUCUGAGGUUUCCGGUCUUUUUUUGGCUCACGGCAGUGAGCUUCCAAUGGACGGCUGGCAUGUUCUGAAAACCCAUCCUCUGUUCUUUUUCCCCCCUAAUAUAAAUAAAUAAAUGAAAUAAUGGCAGAUUAAAUUAAAUAAAUUAAGAUGGAAGAUAGAUAUUUGCUGACACGAUAAAUAAAGUUAAAAUUAAAAUAAUUUGCCAAGAUUCCCUUCUCUCUCUGAUCGAUCAUCCUUAUCCAGUCAUUUUUCUGCUCCAAUGUCCAAUGUCCAACUUUUUUCUGGGUUGAGUAAGCUUCUGGGAUUUGUUAGUCGAUUGCUUCUGUUUUUCUUAUUAUAUAUGGACGUCUUCUUCA